AAAACCCGAUACUUGCCUAUUUUUUAGCUGACCCAACAAUAAACUUAUACGUUUUCUGACCAAGACACAACGUUUUCGUUGUGGUGAAAAUAAUGUAUGAGUAAACAUUGCCGGUUUACUAUAAAACUAUGAGCAUUCUGUCAAACGUGAGGUAUGACGUCAUCAACGUGGUUUACGUUCAGUCACGCACUGCCACGCACGGUCUACCAAGAACAAGAUGGAGGAUCCGCGAGACCGCGGGGAUCAGUUUGGCAGCCAGUACUAACCCUCAUUUUUGGAAAAGAAGAGUGGACGCUCAAUUGUUUUUCGGUGUAAGAUCCUGAUUCGGACUCUGGCUUGUAGAGGCUCUAGCUGUUUACAGUCUGUUGUUCCCUGCUAACAGCGACAGUAGCCCUCCAGCCCACUGAGAGUUCUUGCUGAAGCCCCUCAGCUGCAGCCCAGCAUCAGAUCCUGAUUUUGACUCUGGCUUGUAGAGGCUCUAGCUGUUUCCAGUCUGUGGUUCCCUGUCAACAGCGGCAGCAGCCCUCCAGCCCCUUCUCCCCUCAUCUGCAGCCCAGCAUCAGAUCCUGAUUCGGACUCUGGCUUGUAGAGGCUCUAGCUGUUUACAGUCUGUUGUUCCCUGCUAACAGCGGCAGUAGCCCUCCAGCCCACUGAGAGUUCUUGCUGAAGCCCCUCAGCUGCAGCCCAGCAUCAGAUCCUGAUUUUGACUCUUGGCUUGUAGAGGCUCUAGCUGUUUCCAGUCUGUGGUUCCCUGUCAACAGCGGCAGCAGCCCUCCAGCCCCUUCUCCCCUCAUCUGCAGCCCAGCAUCAGAUCCUGAUUCGGACUCUGGCUUGUAGAGGCUCUAGCUGUUUACAGUCUGUUGUUCCCUGCUAACAGCGGCAGUAGCCCUCCAGCCCACUGAGAGUUCUUGCUGAAGCCCCUCAGCUGCAGCCCAGCAUCAGAUCCUGAUUUUGACUCUGGCUUGUAGAGGCUCUAGCUGUUUCCAGUCUGUGGUUCCCUGUCAACAGCGGCAGCAGCCCUCCAGCCCCUUCUCCCCUCAUCUGCAGCCCAGCAUCAGUGUCAAAAAACGAAAAGAGAUGGCAGCCCCCCAGAAGUUUCUGCUCCGUGUUUAUCUGCACACAGAUACUGCCAUUAAGCUCACUCUAAAUAGCCGCCCAAAGUCUGUGGAAGAGCUGAAAAUUAUAAUGCAGUACAAAUUCAAGCCAAGACUCGACAGUAGUGACUUCACCAUCCAAUACGAAGACCCUGACUUUGAUGGCCAAUUAAGUGUCCUAGUGGACAUAGAUGAGCUGCCAGAGAAGGGGACACUGAAAGUGAUUAGGUUGGAGAGUGACGAUAGUUCUUCUUGUGGCAGUUCUGACACUGACAUACUGCCCCAUGUACCAUUUAGUCAGCGCCAAAAGAAUUGGCCUGAUGUUUUUCCUGUUCCAACGUUCAACCACGAAGUUGAGCAUGUCCUUGACCAGGGUAACUUCGUCUUCCAGACAUCUGGCAAGCCAACUAGAUUAACACGUUCCCAGAAGCACAAUGUGCUCGAAAUAAUGGCACAGACUAUUUACAGCUUCAAGCCAUACCCUAGCAAUACUGAUCUUUGUAAGGCUUCGGAAGCAUUGAUUACUGCCCACCCAUGCCUCAAAGAACUUGGAAGCAAGACUGGCUGGUACGGCUGGAAGGUCAGUUUGGCCUUCAAGAUGGGUAACUACAGACAGAAACUGGCCAAAUCGGGGUGUGCUGAGGUGUCCAUCAAUGCAGGAAAGAGAAGCAAGAACAACCCUGACAGCGAUCACCCCCAUGCCAAUAUUAAGCGAGCUCGUAGGUCGGAAGUGAACUUCCUACCCAACUUCCCAACUGGUGAAAACCAGGCCAGUCUUGACCUGAUGAGACUCGAGAUAAUUGAAGAGACUGACAAGUCGGAGAAGAAUGUGCAAUUCAUCGAAAAGCUGAUGCAGACAACCUUCGCUUUACGACGACAAGACAUCAUCAAAAGUGAAUUGCCAGUAAAGGACUUGCUGCGCAGCUGGCCAGCUCUGCAGUUGGAAUCGCAGGUUCUCUCAGAAUUCCAUCGUAUCACUAAUGUGAACCUGCGCAGCACAUUCUACGCUGAACUUGACAGACACACACCACGACUCCUCAACUUAUACAGACAAAAGGCAGUACGCACCGGCAAGUUGGCGGAGGCUCUACGGGCUACCCUCGCCGCUUAUGAUCUUCAGGAAGAACAUGAUGUCAUCUCGAGACGCACCCUGUCGCUGUGUGCCCUGCCGGUGUACCUGCGAGAAGAUGUAUCUGCCUUCUUUCAGACAUUCAAUGAGGAGGAGGAGCCUGAUUACCAUGAUGUCCCUCUUGCUCUUGGCAUAACUGGCGCAGACCCCUUCAGCUGCAAGAAGUUUACAGUCGUCAUUGAAGGCAAUGCUGUUUUUAACGAGGUCCCCACAAUUCCAGAUGCAUUCAUGUUGUUGUUUGGGCUGACUUAUGUGUUCAAUUUGGAAUACCCUAAGAGCCUCUUGAACACAUUCACAAUGAUCCAGAAAAUGUUUGUUUGUCUGGAUGAUGGCAAACCACUCAAACCCUGCCUAAUGACUUUGAAAGAAGAUUUGCUACUGCAGUAGUGCGUGUUUG